AUGCACUCGCCAAAUGUUCGAUAAAAUGCCCCAUGGAGACGUAAUUGACUGCAAAGCGAUGCUCUCCAACUAUUCUCAGCUGGCUCUUCAACGAGGAGCUCUUUUUCUCUUUCACCUUAUGAGAAUUACCGGUACGAAGCCUAACCACUUUUCUUUCACCGCAAUUUUGAAUCCUUACGCGGGACUAGGGGAGCUUCAAAAUGGAACCAAAAUUCAUGCAUUAUCAUUGUUUUUUGAGUAUCAAUCUUCGUUGCCUGUUAAUAAUUCGCUUGUUGAUAUUCAGUUGAACACUGCUCGUGAAGUGUUUCAUUUGAUGCCAAAGAAGGUUCAGAUUGCUUGGAAUAUUGUGAUUGUGUCUUAUAAUGCCAUCCUAGAUGCUUAUAUAACUUAUAUGAAAAAGGUAAAGACUAGUGAAGCCUUUAAUGUGUUUCAGAACAUGCCAGAGAAGAAUGUUGUUUCAUGGACAUCAAUGAUUGCGGGGUUUGCCAAGAAUGGGCCGGGAAGGAUAGAAAACUCUUGGCUUCUUUAUUUACAUCAUGAGAAAUUGUAUAUGCCAGAUGAUUUUACAUUUGGAGCUGUGCUUCAUGCCUGUUCGAUUCUGGCAGUACUAGGGCAUGGGGGUUUAAUUAACAUGUAUGCUAAAUUUGGGGAUAUCAAGGGAUCAAGGCCUGCAUUUGAUGAUAUUCUAGACAAGGAUUUGGUCUUCUGGAAUACCAUGUUGUUUGGAUUUGGGAUGCAUGGAUUGGCUAGUCCAGCUUUACAGUUCUAUGAAGAUAUGAUGACAUCUGGGAUAAAGCCUGAUAAGGUGACCUUCAUAGGCUUGUUGAUGACUUGUAGCCACUCUGGUCUGAUCGAGAAAGAGGCCAAAGAGUUGGCUAGUAAAUACUCUCAUACAAGCGGUGACAAGAGCAUCUCAUGUGAAGCCUUGUCAGGGGCAUGUUCAACUCAUUGGGAUGCAGAAACCAGGAUGUAUGUUGGGCAAAAUCUGAAGAUUUUGGAAACUCAUAAUGAAAUGAGCUGUGUUGUUAUCUAACAUGUAUUGCGCGGGCGGACGGGGGAGAGAAGCAGAGAUUGUUAGGAAAGCAAUGGUGGAUAAAGGUGUAAAGAAAAUGCCUCUAUGCAGUUGGAUUGAAGUUAGAAAUAAGGUAAUAAUUAACAUUUGUUUGU